AGUGAAGUGUCCAUUUCUACCAGUAUCACAUUUCCAUGACAACCUGAUGGCGUCAUCACUGUCUAACACAGUCGGUAGUGUUGUAGAGUUCAUCUGUACCGGCACCGACGAAAUCUUGUCGGGACCGUCAGUUCUAAAGUGUACAACAACAGGGAAAUGGAAUGGCUCUGUCCCAACAUGUGUAGAUGAAAAUGAAAUAUCAACAUCUACUGUAUCUAGCACGACAGGGUCUACAACGAUAACACCGACAGCUAGUCCGGCGGAAAUACAGGUGGAGACAGUCCUGAUAGUUCUAUGGGUAACUGGAGGUCUCCUCUUGGUGACGCUAGUCGUCCUGAUGACGUGUAUACUUACGUCACAUAAGAAACGUCAAAGAAACAGAUCAGAGAGGGCUUCCCCACGUGGACAAGGAAAUCCAAGGCAUGGUGGUGUAAAUCCAACAUUCUCAAACUAUGACGAAAUCUGGACGUGGAUUCCUGUAUUGACGGACAACGAUCAUUGCCGAAAUCAAAAUAGUGCCUCCGCAAUAGAAAAUAGUGCUACUCAAACAAACAGAGAAUUAAUGAGAAAUUUAAGACUACCUUCUUACAACGAAGCAGUAAGUGUUAGUCCCCGCGAAUACAGAUCUUCUAACGAAAGACAAAAUGUGUCUCAAAGACAAAAUGUCAGUCCAGGUCAAACUGUGACACAUUCUAAUGUCCAAAGACAGUCACAAGGAAAUGUACAUGCAAACGGCAAUAAUAGAAGAAAUACCACAAGAUUAACAAACGCGAAUAGAAAUUCUAACAAUCGUGAAAGAGGCAGUCACAUACAAAACGAAAAUAAUCAAACAAGAUGUCAAAUCAGAGUUGACACAAAUACAACUGUAAAUUCAGCUGAACAGCACCAUUAUGAAACUAUUCCAGCCGACAUGACCGUACAGCCAAAUAUUCGAAGAAAUCCAGAAAACGUCACUCGCGUGAGGGUCACAACUUCCAGUGGUUCUGCCUUGCAACAAGCACGUGAUCUCGUUAAUCAGUCUACUGCGCAUGACCGACGUCCUCAACCGUCUGCACCAGAGUAUAAUAACGCGUCCGGUGAACCGAGAACUGGACCAGGAGAAAGUAGUUCUAGAGAUUCUAAUCGUCGUCUAGCUGUUCAUACAAAUCCGUCCGCAGAAUUGUUGAGAGGAACACAGGUUUCACGUUCUCAAGUACAUAGAUCAGCACAGAACUGUCAUCGCAGCUCUUACGAUUUUCGACACAGUGAGGCGAGUGUGUUUGAAUAUUAUGGUGACGGUGGGCGCCGAGGAAGAAGCAGCAUUCCAUCUACAUAUACUGUCAUCCAUGAUCCGCCUCCCCCAUACAGUGUUUUCAGAGAGCCUUCUUGCCAGGGACGUGUCACAAUUUCCGACCCGACAGCGUCAAGAACGUCUGCACCUAUAGCGGUAACGUCGUUUCGCACAGGAUUAGAAAGUCAGUAUUUCUAGACAAAACUAUCUAGCUGGGAUACAUCAAGUGGUCUACUAAACGGUGCUACUAAGUCUAGACAUAUCGACACUAGCUGGCCUUUUUGGCACCACCUUGUGUGGCCGUUCCUUCGUCACCAUAAAUUAUGUUUUCAGAAUUAUAUGUAUGUACUCGUUUGUCAAGUUUAAGAUAUAUGUUUAGAGAUAAAUACAUUGUCAGUGCUUGCCUUUCUGUAUUGUACACCUCUUUUUGCAAAGAAAUAUGUUUCUCGGUGUGAAAACUACAUUUCUCCGUCUUUUUGAGACAGCUGAACUAGAUUGAAACAACAUUCAGGCAUAGUUCAUCACCUGGAUUGAUCAAUGGUCAGUUCCUCUAUAGUUUAUGUUGGACGACAUGAAAUGUUUUUGUCAAUUAAUUAUUCACAUUUUAUUAUUGUAUUACAGUAUUAGUUUUUGUGCCAAACUUUGAAAUAUUGAAAUGUGCUUUUAGCACAUUAUUAUACAUUGUACAUUUCAUAUUAUCAGUGUAAUCCUUAUAUGGAGAUAUUUGUUUCUUAAUAUAUCAUUAUGUUUAUAUCUAUAUAAUUGUUUUGACCAUGUUUAUUUGAUCUGUUCCAUACGUGCCAAUGUUUAAUAUUGAUGUAGAUUUUUUUUAUUUGUGAAUGUUAAAAAAUCAAAACAUAUUUAUCACGUUUGACGUCGCGUGAAAUGAAUGAAAUAAAGCCAUUGCACCAUUAUUUUGACGUCGACGUCGAUUUAGGUAUACGAUACGUUGGUCGAAUUGAUUUUGACUAUGAUAGGUAUAGAAUGAGUCAACAGCAUUAGCUAACGUGUGGUAGAAAGAAUAUUAAAUGUGUGUCUUUCCACACUGAUUUUAUUAAACUCGUAGAAUAAAAGUAAUAAAAUGCUCAACUCGUUUAAUAAAGUCUCUUUUUAUGCCAAAUAUUAAUAUCAUGUAAAUAAGCUUUCUAUGUAAUAUAUAGAGGAUAUUUCUUUGUUUCAGAGUAAGAUUGAAAUAUUUUCAACGAGUGAACACC